UUAGUUAGUAUUCCCCCAUUCUUUCCUGCGAUCUUCGAUUCUCAUGCCUAGCAAGGUGUCAAUAUCAGCGGUAUGGUAUGCGAGGUUAAGAUGAGUCUGACCAUCUGGUUUAACUCCUUGAAUCAAACCAAGGCAAUUGGAUCCACGAGAGACAAUACCAGCCAAGUAGUAUCUGCCGUUGAGCGAAAAUGUAACUCCACUUCCACUGUCUCCAAUGCAGAGAUUUUUCUCCGAGUAUUCAGCUGUGCAAAAAAUAUCUUGAACGGUUUGCACGUCCUCUGUCAAGCACUCUUCAUCGGUCAACAUCAUCCCAAGAUCGAUCUUCUGCAAAGUUGGAGAAGGAUUGUCGUUAUAACCUUCGAGGGGAUUGAUGCCCCAUCCAGAUGAGAAGAGCUUCGCAGUUCGUAAGUCCAAGUCAUCAACAUUGUGCAUGUGAGGCAAGCACGCGUGAUAAAUUCCUUUGGGAACAUCCCUUUCCAGUUCGACGACUGCAAAAUCACUGCUUCCAGUACAUCCUUCUUUGAAGAACCUUUCAUAGAAGGCGCAUUUUCUGCAUUGGAUCGUUUGGAUCAUCCAGUACAUCUGUAA